UCACAUUCAGCAGCGCGGCGCGAUCUUUGCGCGAGGGCGCGGCGGUGGGCGAGCGCGCUGGCGAGACGGGCCGUCGGGGCGCAUCUACCUCUUCCGCUGCAUGGGGCGCGGGGCUGCUGCGAGCCCUGAUCCGUCGGCGCCGUGGCUCGGGGGAGCCGGCUUCCCCCCACCCCGACCCGCGCCUCCCGCUGCCGCUGUAAAGCGAUGAUCCUGGCAGCGGAGUAGGACUCCUCGCUCGCCUCCUUCCUUCCUUCCUUCGCCCUGGAACUUUUCCCUCCCGUCUCGGCUCGCCGCUUCCUCUUUUUGGAUGCUUUUUCCAGCCUCCCCCCCUCUCCGACUCCUCCACCACCACCACCACCCUCCUCCUCCUCCUCCUCGCAGAGUAGCAGCAACAGCCGCCACCGUCGGGGCUGCUCGGCCAGCGACAGCGCCAUGCACACGGUGCAGAAGGACACUACCUUCACCAAGAUCUUCGUCGGGGGGCUGCCCUACCACACCACCGACGCCUCGCUGAGGAAAUACUUCGAGGUGUUCGGGGACAUCGAGGAAGCCGUCGUUAUCACCGACCGGCAGACGGGCAAGUCCCGCGGAUACGGCUUCGUGACCAUGGCAGACAGGGCCGCCGCUGAAAGGGCGUGCAAGGAUCCCAACCCCAUCAUCGAUGGCCGGAAAGCAAACGUCAACCUAGCGUACCUAGGAGCUAAACCCAGGAGCAUUCAAACUGGUUUUACCUUAGGGGUGCAGCAGUUACAUCCGACUCUCAUUCAGAGACCGUACGGGCUGGCACAUCACUUUAUCUACCCUCAAGCCAUCGUUCAGCCUAGUGUGGUCAUUCCAACCCCGGUACAGUCCAUCACAUCUCCGUACAUCGACUAUACAACUGCAAGCCAGGCCUACUCGCAGUUCGCCGCCGCCGCCUACGACCAGUACCCGUACGCUGCUUCCCCUGCUGCUGGCUUCAUGGGAUAUGGCUACACAAGCGCCGUUCAACAGCCUCUCACGGCCACCAACCCACCUGUGGGAGCUCCCACGGCCUUUUUGCAGUAUCAGCCAACGCAGCUACAACCUGACCGUAUGCAAUAGAAGCCUGGCCUUGGACCUCUUUCAUCCCCAACCCUACCCAAGAAGACUCUUCUUUAUCUGUGAUGGAAUGGAAUUACGUGGAGUUGGAGGAUCGGGGCUCAUGACAGAGGAAAGCAUUUUUUAAAAUAAGAAUUUUUAAAAAACAACAACAAUACAACCUUAUUAGGAAUAAUGCAUAUCAAAUACCUAAGCUAUUUAUAGUGUUACAGACAAGUUUUUUUUUAAAAAAAAUCCUUGCUAAAGGACUUACACUCAUAGCAAUGAACUUGGGUAAGCUCUCUCAUUUUUAUUUUUAUUAGCAGGACAAAUAUCGUUGCAAAGGUGGACUAUAUAAAAAUGACUUUUUUCCCCUUAAAGUGAAAACUACAGGUUCUGGCACAUGUAUAGCGAUCGACUUCCGUCACCAAUAAAUUUCUUUCUUCCUUCUACCACUGAAGAUACUACUUGUGCAGUGCGUACCCCAUUGAAUCCUACUCGCUGGUUAUUUACCUUCACCUCAGAAAGUACUUGGAGAAUACAGAAAUGGCGGGGGAGGGAAGCAAACCUCUUUUUUUGGCUUGUAUUAAGAACUUUGUAAUACUCAGAUGCCUUACCGGGGAAAAAAGAACCUAUUUUAAUAUUUAUUGUGAUCUCUUUAUUCACAGGAGCUGUGACUUGCAGAUGGAAGUAUAGUAAAUAUCUGCCUUGUUUAAUUCUCAACUAAAUUAUUGUAUGUAGGUGGGAAAUAAGUUGCUAAGUAACUGCUAAAUCACUUUCAACAUGCAAAAAGGGAAUAUUGGCUUUAAGGAUGGUGGAAUAUUCCUUUAGUCAACGCACUGUAAUUUUUUUCUUAUUGUAAUUGUUACUCUUUUAAGAUUAUCUCAAAGUUUUAGGUAUAUUUUUUAAAGCAAAAAAAAAGGAAGAAAAAGAAGAAUAUUGAACAUAUUGUCUACUUUGAUAGAACUUUUGUUUAUAAUGCUGCAAAGUCUAGAGAAAUUUCACAGUAUUUAUAUAAAACCUAAGCAGGGUCAUAGGCCAGCAAUGCUUAGGAGAAUGUCCGAAAUGGAUCAGAAUUCUAAAAUGGUGUUACACACGUGAACAAAAGGGUUUAAAACAUGACAUUUUAAUACCCAAUGGUACAAACUGCUGAUAAAGUAAAAGACAGUGUAAGUUAAAUGCAUUUUUACAAAAAGGAAGAGCAAUAAAACUAUUUUGAUUUUUAAAA